AUGAGGUUCCAGACAUUACUACAGCUUUCUGGCCUACUAGCGGCUGAGAUUUCUUUUGCGAACGCGGCAGUUCACCGCGCUCCUCUACACAAGGAGGAUGCUAACCUUGAUAUUGGUGACAUCAAGAUGGAGCAAAGAGCUGCUUUGUUAGGUCAGAAGUACUUGCACACCUACAAGUUGCUGAAACCAGAAGAUGAUGUUGAAACAGACUUCCUAAGGCUGGCGGAGGAAUCCGGUCACUUGAACCCUCUACACAACUACGACAACGCACAGUAUUUCAGUGAUAUCAGUCUAGGAACUCCUCCACAGUCAUUUAGGGUUGUUAUGGACACUGGUUCUUCAAACACGUGGGUGCCAAGUAAGAGAUGUAUGUCGCUCGCCUGUUUGUUACACCACAAAUUCGAAGGUAGACGCUCCUCUACCUACAAGCCUAACGGAACUGAGUUUAGGUUGUCCUACGGUAGUGGUGCUGUCGAAUGUUUCGUUUCCACAGACACUUUGCGUAUCGGUGACUUGGAAAUUCAAGACCAGGACUUCGGUGAAGCUACUGCUGAACCUGGCUUAGCCUUCGCUUUCGGAAAAUUCGACGGUAUUCUCGGUUUGGCUUACGACAACUUGUCUGUUGGCGGUUUGGUUCCACCUUUCUACCAAGCUAUUGACCAAGGUCUACUUGAUGAACCAGUUUUCGCUUUCUACAUUGGUGACGUCAAUGGUGAUAAGGGUGGUAGCGGUGAAGUCAUUCUAGGUGGCUGGGAUGAAAACAGAUUCAGCGGUAACUUGACCUGGUUGCCUGUCCGUCGUCAACUCUACUGGGAAGUUUCGUUUGAGUCCUUGAGCUUCGGUUCUGAUGAAAUCAAAUUGAGCAACUACGGUGCUGCUAUCGACACUGGUACCAGUUUGAUCACCUUCCCAACUGUCUUAUACGAAGAGAUCUUGGACAGAAUCGGUGGUAGAUCUAUCCUGAACGGUAUGGUUAUGAUUGCUUGUAGCGACAGAGAAAAGCUACCAGACAUUCACUUCAAGUUCUCAGGCCACAAAUUCAGUUUGAGCGCUCACGACUACAUUAUUGAAAUCAGAAGAAACGUUUGUGCCGUUGCUUUCACUAAGCUAGACAUGGGUCCUGCUGUUGGUGACAUGGCCAUUAUUGGUGACGUCUUCUUGCGUAAAUACUACUCAGUUUACGACCUCGGUAACAAUGCCAUCGGUUUGGCAAAGUCCGUUUGA